AUGAAUCUCAGCCCGGCACCAAAACCGGCAAUUGCUCCGGCUGCAAAUCUCCUUGCUCCGGCCCCCCUGUUGGUUUGCUCGAAAUGCAAUCCCACGUUUGUUUUGCACGAGGAAUGCUUUCUAGCCCAUCGCUAUAUCGACCAUCCUCUCCAUCCUUCUCAUCCCCUAACACUACUUCCUUCCCCAACCUAUUCCACGGGAUCUUUCCUUUGCAAUAUCUGCAAUGAACAAGGCUAUGGCUUCUGUUUCACAUGCUCAAAAUGCGAUUUCGACCUCCACGUCAAUUGCGCUGUCAAUUCAAAACCCUCCAACCAUUUUCAUUUUCAACCACCUAAACAAGUUCACCAUAUGCCCCACCAUACUUUAUUGGUUAUGCAGUCGACAAACUUUUCAUGCCGUGCGUGUGAAGAUCAAUUAAGGAAGGAUCAUGACAGUGAGAACCCAACUCAUUGUGUAGAUUGUAAUAUUGAUCUUCAUUUCGAAUGUGCUACUAACUUAUCUAAAGUUGUGAAUAGGAAAGAUCAUGAGCACCCAUUUGUUCUUUACAAUUCGUUUGAUCAAGAGGACACGAGUUGGCUGGUUGUUUGUGAUAUUUGUGAGAGUGAUCCUCCUAUUAAGAAUAUGUGGAUGUAUUGGUGUGGAGAAUGUGGAAUUGGAUGCCAUCUGAAAUGUGUGGCUAAUGCUCGGCCAUGUCCUGGUUCUGUUUUGUCUUUAAUGGCUACUACAUCGAGUGGGAUUGAAACAAACGCAACUUCUGCAAGUUAUGGUUCCAACCUAGUACAGAUGAUUAGCUUGCAGAAUCAGUUAUCACAGCUUCAAUUUCAAACAAAUGCGAAUGCUAUGUCUGUUUUGAGUCAUUCAGCAAAUGCAUUCUCUGGACUGCAAAGUAGUAUGUCAGACAACUUAAAACACAGCAUUUGA